UUUAAAAGAAAAAACAACGUGCUUUUAUCACUCACCACUUUCCUCCUUUUUUUCCUUAAUUUUAGAAUUAAAAAUCAUCUCCUUCAAUCACUCCGGACGUGCUUAACAAAAAGCAAACUUCAUGUUCAUCAAUUUUUCUCUUACUGUUCAUCUUUUUUCCAUUUAUUAAAAUGAAUUGGCAAGCUUUUGAUGGAAUUAUAGAUAUUAAUUCCAAUCCAAUUCCUGAUUAUUCAACCCAACAUUCAAACUCAGAGGAUAUUUCUAUUUUUACUAAAAAUUCAGAAUUUGGAUUUUCUAUUCCAUCUGAUACCACCAAUUCUAAAAGAGCGCGUAGUGGUAAUUUUACUGUACAAGAGGAUCUUCACAUUGUUUCAUCAUGGCUUAAUAUUAGUAUUGAUGCUUUGCAAGGAAAUGAACAAAAGCAUAGAACGUAUUGGACGAGAUUAUGGGAGCAUUUUCAUAAAUAUAAAAGUUUUGAAUCCGAGCGUACACAUCUUUCUUUGAUGAAUCGUUGGUCAACAAUUCAAUUAGCUACAAACAAAUUUUGUGGAUGUUAUGCUCAAAUCGAAUCAAGAAACCAAAGUGGAAUCAACGAGCAAGAUAAGAUUGCUAAUGCAAAGCUUUUGUAUCAAGAGUUAAACAAGAACAAAUUUCAAUAUGAACAUUGCUGGAAUAUAUUAAGAUUUCAGCCAAAAUGGUUAGAAGAUUGUGAAAAGAAGAAACCAGCGAAAAAAAAGGAUAAGAUUCAUGUCAAUACUUCGGCUACAGAGACUGAAGUGAACUUAGGAGAUGACCAUAUCACAGGUACAAAUUUUGUCGAUCUAGAGCGACCUCCGGGAAGAAAAGAUGAAAAGGAAAAAAGAAAAAGAAAACAGCGAGAGAUGGAAAAUAAUUCGUCAGAUUCAUAUAUCAAUAUAUUACAGGAAAAAAGAGAGGAAAAGAAACAAUUCAAUGAAAAAAAGUUAGAUUUAUUUGAAAAAGUAUAUGUUCAAGGACAAGAGAGAUUUGCUUAUGAGCAAGAAAAGCUUCGAUUAGAACAACUAAAAGAGGACGAAAGAAUAAUGGCAAUAGAUACAACUGGGAUGUCGGAAGUGCUUGCAAGUUUUUAUGUUCGAUGUCAAAGCGAGAUCAUCGAAAGGAAAUCUAGAAAUCAGUAAAAUUUUAGUGUUAGUAUUGAAUUCUGAUACUUUGUUAGUUGUUUUUCUAGUAAUUUUGGA